AAAAAGGAUCAAACCAAAGCCAAAGAUGGAAAAUCAAGAAGCUCUUGUUUACACUCUCAUCUCAAUUUUCAUCUCUCUUCAAUUCUUGUUUUGGAGAUUUCUAAGGCGUUACAAUGCGGUUAUGCAUUCGGGGAGAGAGACCCGCCAUCUCAAUCCGCGAAGCCACACUCUGACUGCUGAAAGCUAUGAAUCAGAUUUCAUGUCGUAUAUGAUCCGCAAAUCUAAAUCGGUCAAUAAGGCACUAGACGAGGCUGUUCCACUCUGCGAGCCAGUACUGAAGAUCCGUGAGGCCAUGAGGUACACACUACUCUCGGGUGGCAAACGCGUAAGGCCAAUGCUUUGCUUAGCUGCAUGCGAGCUCGUGGGCGGGCAAGAGUCAACCGCAAUGCCCUCUGCAUGUUCGGUUGAGAUGAUCCAUGCAUCGUCGCUCAUCCAAGACGAUCUACCUUGUAUGGACGACGACAACCUCCGGCGUGGAAAACCCACGAACCAUAAAGUCUUUGGCGAAAACAUAGCUAUCUUGGCAGUUGAUGCGCUCAUAGCUUUGGCCAUCAAGCACACCGGGGAAUCCACCUCGUUGGACGUUCCUCCGGAGAGGGUUCUCCGGGCAAUUCUAGAGAUGGCGAGAGCGGUGGGAACGGAAGGACUCGUUGCGGGUCAAGCGGCUGAUUUGGAUGGGGAAGGCAAGAGCUUUGAUAAUGACACAGGACUAAAGCAUCUUGAGUUUAUACAUAUUCAUAAAACGGCGGCGUUGCUUGAAGCGGCGGCUGUUAUGGGAGCUAUAAUGGGAGGUGGGUCUGAUGAAGAGAUCGAGAGGAUUCGCAGUUAUGCGAGAUGCAUUGGGUUGAUGUUUCAGGUGGUUGACGAUGUGCUUGAUGUGACCAAGUCGUCGGAAGAGCUAGGGAAAACCGCCGGUAAAGAUUUGAUCUCGGAAAAGCUGACGUAUCCGAAGGUGAUGGGAGUGGAGAAAUCGAGAGAAUACGCUGAGAAGUUGAACAGAGAAGCACGGGCACAUCUUAACAUGUUUGAUCCAGACAAGGCGGCUCCUUUGUUGUUGCUCGCUGAUUACAUUGUUAACAGACAAAACUGACUUUUGUCAAAUUGUUAAUUGCUCGAUGUAAUCGAUGUAGCCUUGUUUUUGUUUUUUCUUUGACUUCAAGUAAUCGAUGUAGCCUAAUUAAUAAACCGAGCAAACCAAA